AUUCCACUCGCUUAACUUUCAGCAUAUUACUUCACGCAUCAUACUUUCACAAUCUAGUUUUUUGAUUUUUUUGAUUGUAUGAUGCAGGGAGCCUGGACCGAUGAAAAAACAAAUUCUACUCAACCCUGCAAUGAUCUUGUGCUCUAUGUUGGAGGUUCUGUUAGGGGUAUAGAUUGGUGUCCCACAUCAUCUAAGGACUCCGAGUGUCUUUUCCAAAGUGAGUUCAUUGCCAUUGCUGCUCAUCCUCCUCAAUCUCCAUAUCACAAACUUGGUACUCCACUCACGGGUAGGGGUGCUGUUCAGAUAUGGUGUUUAUUGAAUUAUAAACCAAAAGAUGUGAAGGGUGAAGGAAAUCAAAUCAAAUCAUCCAACAGUCCAAUAAAGCUAAGAGGAAGACCCAAGAAGAAGCUGCCAAAUGUGUCACUAGAUGAUAAGCAUGGUGACAAUGAAAAUGUGCAACCUCUUGUUACUGAAUACCCUGGAGAAACAUCCACAUUUCACAAUACGAUGAGUGCGUCUUGUGAAAACAUUAACAAAUUCCAUGGAGAUAACUGACCAUAGGCAAUUACCGUUGAAAGGUGUAAGUGCUUCAAAUUAAAACAAAGAUAGACUAUUCCAAAGGAUGUUGCAUUACCUAGAAUGGUGUUAUGUUUGGCUCACAGUGGGAAAGUUGCAUGGGACAUAAAGUGGCGACCAAAUUAAAAGGUUUUUCUUCAUCCGAAUCUAGACAGAGAAUGGGGUAUCUUGCUGUUUUGCUUGGAAGUGGAGCUUUAGAAGUGUGGGAAGUCCCUUUUCCUCGAUUAAUAAAACGGAUUUAUUAACCAGACAUGGAGGAGGAGGGUACUGAUCCUCGAUUUGUAAAGUUGGAACCUGUGUUUAGAUGUUCAAAGUUGAAAUGUGGUGAAAGGCAAAGCAUUCCUUUAACAGUGGAGUGGUCCAUGUCACUCUCACACGAUGUGAUUUUAGCUGGAUGUCAUGAUGGAGUGGUUGCUUUAUGGAAGUUUUCUACCACAAACUCCUCUAAAGGUAUCUCUAUUGCAUUUUUUAUCUUUACCUAAUUUCAGUUUCACGGGAAGCUAUUUUUUUUUAGUUUCAUGAAAGUAAUGAAUUGUGGCUACUGAAUCCAUUCUUGUAUGGAGACACAAAGCCUUUGCUUUGCUUCAGUGCAGAUACAGCUCCCAUAAGGGGUCACUUGCUUGGGCACCGGGUGAGAGGUCAGUAACUAGUAUACUAGGUACUUCUCAGUAAUUAGAUGACAGUGUUUAUCUACUCUUUUUUUCAACUAUCAUUAUGAUGAAUUGAUGAAUUUAUCUACUCAGUAAUCAGAUGUUUUCUUUUGGACUGUUUUCAGUCCCACAUCAGACCAGACCAGAUCAGAAUAGACCAGACUUCCGUAGUUAUAAAAUACUCAGAGAUCAGACGUUUACUAGACCAGUUCAGACCAGCAAAUUUCAGUCCAAAAGAAAACAUCCUACUUCUUAUUAUUUGAUUAUAUGUUUAUUUUUCAUGUCAAUGAAACUAUAUGGCAUAAUGAUAAAUUUGCACCAAUUGUGAGAGGGAAAAUAUCAUCAUCACUGCUAGCCACAAGGGUUUGAAGUAUUGGGACUUACGGUAAGUCGGUAAUUAUGCUUAUAAAUUUUACUUGCAGUUUGUAUUUUUUUCUUUCAUUUUGCUUCAAUUGGAAUGUAUACUCUAAUGGAUCCUUUCAAGUUCUAACUAAAUUCUUAUUUAACUUUUUUCUGCUGUAAUUGCAUUAUCUUUUAAAAAGUCAAAAUAUGUAGUUUCACGAUACAUUCUUUUGAUGACCUAAUACUUGUUCUGAAGUGAUCCAUUUCAACAUUUGCGAGAAUACAAUCCUGGUCAAGGAGUGUGUAUAUAGUUUGGAUUGGUUACCAGAUCCAAGGUUUGUGAUAUUCUCUUAAUCGAUUUGGUUGAUAUAAAUAAUACUUUCCAAAUUUAGUCUCUCUCAUUCAAAUUUGAUUGUCAACGGUGAAGGUGUAUUUUGGUAGCUUGUGAUGAUGGAACCGUAAGAGCAUCUCUAAUGUUAUAAUGUCAACAUUAAUGUCAACAUUAGACGGUCUCUUUGACAUUGUGGAGAAAAAUUUACCAAAACUGUAUAAAAUCAUUCAAAUAAGGAGAGAAAUAAUUUAUUUACUAAUAUUUAUGUGGUCAUCUCGCAUGCCACGUGUGCACCGUGCACAUUGUACCAUUGAAGAUGCUCUAAGGAUUCAGAGUCUGGUAAAGGCUACCAAUGAUUUCCAUGUGUCCGGAAAACUAGGGGUGGGCGCGGUCCGGAACGGUCCGGUAAAUUAGUAAAACCCGUAAUGUAUCAGUGAGGUUUUAACGGUCUGUUACGGUCCGGUUUCAAGGAUGGAACCGUUCGGUACCAUGUCGUUUCGGAACGGUACAAAACGGUACGGUACAAUGCCAAACACAUGCUAAAAAAAUUGAACAAAUCUUGCAAUUAUUAGAUAUCAUCACACCAACCAACUCACAUGAAGUGUUGAUAUAAAUACAAGAAAUUGCAUAUAUAGGACUAAAAUUCACAAAUAAACAAAUAGUGCAACACAACUAAGAAAGAGUAUAUCAAAACGAUGAUAAACGAGAUAAAUAUCAUCCUUAAUUUACUUAGUUCAUGUGAAAAUAUAAAAAAAAUAUCAUCAAAUUGUUGAAUAUAAUAGAAAUCCUCAACGUUGAUCUUCUUCUUCAUUCUAGGUUAAAUAUUACUCCGUAGUUCUAAUUCAAUUUAUAGUUGAACCUUGAGAGCUAAGAUUUAAACCAUAUUAAUUAAGUUGUAAAAUUGCACAAACAUGAUACAACAAAAAGUCAUGUACGCUAACAUUACUAGAAAUGAAGUCAUUAAUGAUUUCUCUAAAAUUUUAAUAUUCUUUCAAUACAUACCAAAAUAUAACAUAAAUUAUCUAAAAAGAAAAAAUAACAAUAUAUACGGAGUAUAUUAUAUACUUCGUAUAUAAACACCCACAUUUAGCUAUUUUAAAGACACAUAAAUACAUACGUGGACUAUAAAAUUGUUGGUGUAUAAAAGAGUUCUAUUGAAUUGGUAUAGAAAAAAUAUAAAAAAUUCAAGUGCAUUAUUUUCAAACGGUUCGGUCCGGUAUUUUUCAGUUCUCAAAAUCUAGGACCGGUCCCGUACCCGUUUCAAACGUUACAGUUUCGGUACGGGACAAAAAUAUAUAGAACCGUUUAAAUACCCGGUAUUCGGUUCGGUACCAUUACGGGACGGUUCGGUACCGGUUCGGUUCGGAUUUUAUGCCCACCCCUACGGAAAACCACUCACCAUAUCUAAACAACACGGAUUUCACACCUAUAUGCGAUCUUCUUAUGCACUAUGGAGUCUGCAAGCUUCAUGGCUAACAGGUUGCUUCUCUCUUACUUAAAGAUGUAUCAUGGUUUUAUAAUCUUUUAUUGGGUUUGAAUCCCCUGUCCCAUUUGUCCCACUUGUCCUAUCUCUUUGGCGUAACAUUUAUUCAGUUUGAUCUAUAUCUAUUAAUUAAUAACUUCAAGGAGUUUUCAUUAGCUAUUAUCAUGCUUUUAUGGAAUACAUGAUUGGGAAAGUGAAAAAGAAAUUUACAAACCACUAACCUCAAUAAUAACUCUUUUGAGUUGGUACAUUCAUUUAACAUGUCAAAGCGCAGCUGCUUGACACACACCAUUCAAAUAUAAUAUAAUGAGACAUUAUAACACAAACUAUUUACAAUUUUACAUGUAAAUCUGUAGAGUACUCCCCUAUCAUUGAGGAAUAUGUGUCGUGUUUUGGGGAUGAUGAGAAGAAGUUCCGAAUUACAAAUUAUUAUUUAACAAUAUGAUCCUGACACGUCUCAACUCUCAAUACUACAACAAGAACAUCCUCACCUUAGUCCCAGGUGAAUUUAAGAUCAACUUACAUGAAUUGACUUAUGAAAUCGAAGCUAAUAAGGAUAAUUAUUAAAAGAUAAAAUAAAGAUAAAAUGAUAAAGAACAUGAGAAAAAUAAAACACGGGAAUUAGAAAUAUAAUCAUAUGAUGUAUAAAUGCUUAGUUGUGGUAAAAUAAUGCUCCUACAAGAAACCCAAGAUCCAUAUCCCAAAGCGCAGUUUAUAUAACUUUGAGUUUACAAAAUUCACGAUGCUUCAAAGAGCCAUUGUCUGGCGCAAACUCGUUUACAAGUUCUUGGAUACUGUUAUUGGCAUGGAUUUAACUUUUAGGAUGAAAAUAAACACAUAAAAGAUAACAAAAAAUUACUUAUACAAUGAAACCACACCAAUCAAGUAUAAUUAUUAGAGACAUGUAUAUAAGUUCGACUACUCCCUUGUGAAUGAGAAGCCUGAUAAGCCUUAAUAAUUGGCUCAUAUAGUUCAUGGUUGCUAUGAUGAUCAUGAGAAUAUAUUUAUAGCAACUCUAGUAACUUUUUUUAUUUAUAAAAUUUAUUUCGUAAUAUUUUUAAGAAACCUAUAUUAUUUAUAUAUAUAUACAUCUUGCAUAAAAUACUAAGAUAAUUAUCUUCUUUAAAUUUGAAUUGUUUGUGAUUUUGGAGACUAAUAUUUGUGUUAUUAUUUGCAGUUUGUAUUUUUGAUUAAUUUUAUUUGAAAAUAAGUGUUAAAAUAUAAAAGAACAAUGACAUAUUUCACGUCCGGGCUUUAACCGGUCCAACCCGAACUCGGACCGAACCCGGGCUACCAAAAACCCGACUCGAACCGAAUAUAAUGGGCUUUGUUCCGGUCCCUAAUUUUCAUAACCCGAGACCUUCCGGGUAAUUUCCAGGUUUAGCAAAAACCCGACCCAGACCGGACCGAUCCCACCCCUAAAUAUUCCCCCCUCAAACUCAGCGUGAUGAAUUUGAGAAAUCAAUCACAUUGAGUUUGUCUUUCAACUUAAGAAAUCUGGAUGUGGCUAGUGGCUUGGUUAGCACAUCAGCAAUUUGAUAGGAGGCAAGAAUAUGUUCAACUUGAAGCUUCUUGUGAAAGAUCUUCUCUCUGAUAAAGUAGAGAUCAAGUUCUAUAUGUUUAAUCCUGGAAUGGAAGACAUGAUUAUGUGCUAGGUGAAUUGUACUCAGAUUAUCACAGUAGAUUUGAGGAACACAAAAUGGAACUUGAAUCUCUUGAAGAAGGUACUGAAGCCAUAAUAUUUCUGCUGCAGUAUCUGCUAGACUUAUGUAUUCAGCUUCAGCUGAAGAUCAGGCAACACAUAGUUGUUUUCUGGACCACCAAGAGAUUAGGUUAGGUCCUAAAAAUAUGCAAGAACCAGGUGUUGACCUUCUAUCAGAUCAUUAGGAUCUGAUGCCCAAUCUUUUUUUUUUUAAACCCAGAAGGCAAACCACCAAAAUCAGUGGGGCAAAUGCCGGGAAACAUUUGCCAGAUAUUAUUGAUUAUUGAAAAAAAAAAUACAAAGAGAGAGGGGGACAAGACCAAAACCUCUCUAGAAGGCAUCCCUUCCGUAAAUACAUUAAAGUAACGACAAAUUUAAAUGAAAAAAAAGAACUGCAACCGACAUGGGGGGACCAAACCUUACCCAUGCCAAAAACAAAAUAAAUGCCAAGAAAAUUAACAAUAUCUAAUCAGCAUCACAGAAUGCUAGUAGCUGAGUAGGUGACCUUGAUGUAUGAGGUUUAAUCUGAAGACCAUGUUUAAGUGUACCAGACUGCCUUCUAGUUUUCAUCUAAAGGAGAUGCCAUGAAAUGACAUGCUUUGUUUACUGCAAAGCUGAUCUCUGGUCUUGUUAAAGUAACAUGCUGAAGAGCUCCUACAAUAGAUUUGUAAUGAGUAGGAUCAGCUAAAUAGUUGCUUCCCUCUUUGCGUAGUUUGCAGCUACUAAGCAUAGGUAACUUGCAGUCUAGAUAUAUUCCUAAUAGUGAUAGAUGGCCUCAUUGGCUCAUUAUGAUGCAUUGUGUAGUUAUUAGAAAUUACUUCAAAUAGAACUUAAACUAUGACAAAAAUUCAAAAUAGGACUUGCUGUGUUUUUUAUUCCAAAAAAAUAGGACCAUAUUGGUCUUAUUGGAAACAUACCUAUUUCUUCAUUCCAUUCUUACCCCUCCUUUAAAUAUGAGUAAAAUAUAGUCAAAAGUCAUAAUUAAAUGUUUAAUUCAUAAUAAAUUCGAAAAAUUUCAAUAAUUCGUAGAAAAAUAAAAAAAAUUAACAAAAUUUACAAUAAAGUAAAAAUUCAAAAAAAUGUUUUUUUUUUUAAUUUUUUUUAAUUAAUAAAAAAUAGUAAAACUCCAUAAAAAAUUAAAAAAUAUAUGGAUGCCUUUCCCACCGUCUGACUACCUCCCUGCAUCACCACCUCUGAUCGGUGUAAAAAAUGCCACUUUUUUUUUUAAAUUCCAAAAAUAUGGCAUAUUACUCUAUGAGAAUGUCAACAUUUUCAUUCUGCCAACUUGAAUCCUUUUGACUUCUUCCAUAAAUAUGGCAUUCGUAAUAUUUUUGGCAUUCUUUUCCCCCGGUGACAGGAGGUGGUGGUAUUGCCUCCCUGCACCACCACCUACGCCCGUUAAAAAAUGCCAUAUUUACUAAAAACUGCCAUUUUCUCUUGAAAAUGCCAAAAAAAUGGCAUAUUUCUCUUUGAGAAUGCCAACUUGAAUCAUUCUGCCAACUUGAAUCAUUCUCACUUCUGCCAAAAAUAUGAUUGAAUUUGUCAUUUAGCAUUUAGCACUUCUGCCAUAAAUUUGUUCAGACUUUAGCAAGUGAGAGAUACUACACUCUAUUUUCGUACUACGCAGUUCAAAGUUCUAAUAGUUAUUACCCCCUCUAUUUGUGUAGUUCCAAAACGGGCUACAGGAGAAAAACUCAUUUGAACUUUCGAAUUGUAAAGCGGGUGAUAAAUGGCCUCAUGAUGACACAUUCUGUAUUUUUAUGUUUCUUUUUUAAAUUAAGAGAUGGUGGCAUAUUGCGGUGCUGAUGGGACUGUUACCUAUUUCCAGUUAACUAAACAAGUCGAGAGCGACGCCAUCAGAUAUCGAACUCCACAUUUUCUUUGAGGAUCAUUUGCGGAGGUAGAAUCUGUCAUUACAGUAAUCACACCAACGCCUAAUAUCCCAUUCCGGAUGAUCAAGACAAACAAGUGGACAGAUUUGUUGAGAGUUGUACGCACUUCUGCAUCAGGACCACCCAAUGAAGAAAAAUCAACAAAGGAGGGUGAAUUGAGAAGCCUCCCUUCAUCAGAUAAACAACUAGACCAAGAAAGCGUACAGACUUUCUUGGGGUAGGGGCCAGGGAACACCCUACCAGUUUAUUUAUGAAUGAAAACAUAAAUAAACAGGCGACUCACAAGAACAAACAGGCGCCUAAAUUAAAAGCAAGCGACAUUAAUGAAACAAAAACUACUCAACCAUUGCCCUUCAGUGGCGAAGUAGAUGGAUAUGAACUGCCUUCCAAGAGUGUAGCAAUCCACAGGGUGAGAUGGAAGGCAGUGAGAGGUGGUUAUGCUAUGGAGGAGCACCCGGAAUUGUUCGCUGCCAGUGGAUUGGCACGCCCACUUACUAUUGAUUACAUGCUUAUAAAAACCUUCUUUUUAGAUCAUCACAGAGGACGACAUCCUCCAUUUGACCUCCAAAUAACACUGACUAAUAUGUUUGCUCUAUUUGAUACUGUGUAUUAUUUGUAGAAGCUUUUUAAUACAUCAGUUUAAAAUGUGAAUAAUUAGUUAUACAUUCUUUUAAC